AUGCGCCAUGCGCACUUUGGACAAGCAUGGAUCCCCGUGAUACAUGUGUUGUGCACAUGGCCAUACCGCAUACUGCACCUUAAUCCUCUGUACCAAUCAGAACCACACCCUGCACCUCUGUACAAAACAGAGUCAAGAUAUGCCAAUCAGAACCAUACCUUAAAAGCGUUUGUCUCAAGCCGCCACACAUCCACGUCAGCAAGAGGGCCCAGUGACGUGGCAUGCAGUUUGGGCGGAACAGAGGGCAGUGAAGGAAGAGAGGAGGGUAUUGGGGAUGAGGGUGUUGGGAAGGAGGGUAUUGGGGAUGAGGGUGUUGGGAAGGAGUGUAUUGGAGAGGAGGGUGUUGGGAAGGAGGGUAUUGGGGAGGAGGGUGUUGGGAAGGAGGGUAUUGGGGAUGAGGGUGUUGGGAAGGAGUGUAUUGGGGAGGAGGGUGUUGGGAAGGAGGGUAUUGGGGAUGAGGGUGUUGGGAAGGAGGGUAUUGGGGAUGAGGGUGUUGGGAAGGAGGGUAUUGGGGAGGAGGGUGUUGGGAAGGAGGGUAUUGGGGAGGAGGGCGUUGGGAAGGAGGGUAUUGGGGAGGAGGGUGUUGGGAAGGAGGGUAUUGGGGAGGAGGGUGUUGGGGAUGAGGGUGUUGGGAAGGAGGGUAUUGGGGAUGAGGGUGUUGGGGAGGAGGGUGUUGGGAAGGAGAGUAUCUGGGAGGGUGGGGAAUGGUUGGGAGACAAGUAUAGGGAUGGUUUCACAUGCGCCAUGACUCACAGGGAUGGUUUCACAUGCGCCAUGACUCACAGGGAUGGUUUCACAUGCGCCAUGACUCACAGGGGUGGUUUCACAUGCGCCAUGACUCACAGGGAUGGUUUCACAUGCGCCAUGACUCACAGGGAUGGUUUCACAUGCGCCAUGACGCCUCGCACCCAUUCGAAGCACCGCUCUGCUUCCAGCCGACCACGGCCGACAGCCAAUAGCGCGGUGCCACCUGUCUCUGUGAGGUAG